UUUAAUUUUUUUGAAUUUAACAAAAAAAAACAGAAAAAAAAAUAGUAAAAAUUAAAUUAUAAUCACCGCGAAUGUUGUAAUAAAUGCUUUGUAAUUCAGGAAAUUAUUAUCCAACUAUGGCAGAAGAAUUAUAUGAAGAAAAUGAUAUUGUUAAAGUUGAAAUUCCAAAAAUAAUACCAGCAACUGAUUUUCAUCCAAAAUUAACAUAUUAUGGUGUUGGACCUGAUAAUCGUUCAAUUAAAUGUCCAGUAUGUAAAGAUGUUGCUGAUACAUAUAAAGAUUCACCAAUAAAUUUUAAAGAUAAUAUUAAUGCACUUUUAUCAUGUUUAUCGAUAUGUAUUCCAAUAUUUUGGGCUUCAUUCUUUAUGUUAUUGGCAUCUGGCUUAACAAGACGUAGACGACAAUUUUGUUCAAAUUGUGGGGCUCAUUUGGGUUUUUUCAUUCGUCCAUCAUAAAUCUUUUUUUUUAAUUUAUAUUUUUAAUUUUUAAUAUUCUUAUGAUAAAAAAACCAAAAAAAAAAAAAAAUAAUUAACUGUAGAACAAA